CUAGCUAGACAGGACAGACAGCAAAAAAUUUAAAAAAUAUAAGAGCCGGUUGAUGGAAAUUUUAAAAGCAGUGUUUUUUAUUUUUCGUACUAUUAUACUUCUGGUUUCCUUCACUUUUAAUAAUAAUAGUAAUACUGAAGAUCGAUUUACAAGAAAAUAUUUUUACUGUACUUAUAAGAAAUUGAAUAACCUCAAAGUGUAGCUGUAUAAUUUUAAAGGGUUCUUUGCGGUAAUAAAGGCAAAUAUUUAUUAGUGAAAGCACCAAUAAUGUCUACAAAAAUUCUAGAUCGGUUCUGGCUUCUGAGGAGAACGAGUUAUAGCGCUAAUGUGUUGAUGAUGAGAAAAAUAAGUUCCGAAAGUAUGUCAGAAAACUCCAAGAAACACACUCUGGAAACAACUUCAACAGUUGAUUGUUCAGAUAUUCAACAUCAUGCAAAGAUGUUCACAGAAUGGUGGGAUCCUCGGGGCCCAAUGAAAGCUCUUCAUUCAUUUAAUGUCUUGCGGAUACCUUUCAUCAGAGAUGGUUUAGCAGACUGUGCUGCUCAUAAAAGAACGCCUACACCACUUACAGGAAAAACCAUUCUUGAUGUUGGAUGCGGUGGGGGUAUAUUGUCCGAGCCUCUAGCAAGACUCGGAGCAAAAGUGGUUGGAAUUGAUGCAAGCAAGGAUCUCGUUGACUUAGCCACACGACACGCUCUCUUAGAUCCUAAGCUAUCUCAAAACCUGCCUAAUUAUAUUUGGACUACAGUCGAGGAUCACGCUCAUGAGAAUAUCGGCGUUUACGACGGCGUGGUGGCCUCCGAGAUCAUCGAACACGUAAAUAACAAGCACGUAUUUGUCCGCUGGUGUGUCCACGCCUUGAAGCCCGGAGGACGCAUAUUCUUCACUUCGCCCUGUAGAUCUAAACUAGCAGAAUUGAGCGUGAUAUUCAUAGCCGAAAAUAUACUUAAUUUGGUACCGAAAGGUACGCACCAAAUCGAAAAAUUCACGACUCCGAACGAGCUCAGUUUUUUGCUGGAGAGAAAUAACUGUAAUGUGGAGAUGAUUCACGGCAUCGUAUAUAACUUCCUCACGAAGAGAUGGUCUUGGUCGCGGUACCAGAAUCUAAUGUUCGCCCUUCAAGCUGUCAAACUGUGCGAAAAAUAACAACAUUGAUCAGCAAAUGGUAGGAAAUAUCAGAACAGCCUGUAGAUAGAGGAACAGGUUUUUAUGUGUAAAGUUGGUGUAUGUAACAAUGUAUUUUAUAAAAUAACAACCUUAUUGUGAAUAUUACAUCAAAACAAUGGAUUUACUACUGUGAACAAAAAAUGCUUACGUGAAAUAAUUUAAAUGAUAAAUUAAAAUAAGCAACUAUCGUUAAUAGCAAAUAUAGGUUUGUUAUCCGAUUUUAAAUAUAGGCAUAUAAAUGUUGCGUUGUUAUGUUUGUUUAUUUAUUUAAAAAUAAUAAAAUGCAAUAAAUUA